UACGUCAUAUUUUUAAUUCAGUAAAGUGCGAUACAGGCAGAGGCAUGUCUAGAGGCCGCAAAGAGAACACCAAUUUUACACAAAGUACUAUAUCAAUUGUACUUUUACAGACUCUUGAUUCGAAAUACAAUUAUUAGAAAUAGUGAUUAAUAAUAGUUUCUUCCGAACACUAGGGCUCAUUUUUUGGGGAUGUAGAUGAUAACGAGAUUUUUUAAUAUACAAAAUAUGAAUACCGGUUUUUAUUUACUAAUUUAAUACCACGUUUUCAUUUAAAAUAACUGCUACAUUUAUAUUAUUGAGCAUUCACAUUUUAAAAAGUAGAAAAGAUUUCUUUCUAUCGACUAGGACUCAGUAGUUGUUGCCAUGGUAAAUAAAGCUUGUCUUAUAUAAAUACGAAAUCGCAAGGAGGAUGGGGUGCGCAACGCUUUUUGAACCAAGGAAAAAGAAUCUUUAUCUACAGAAACCCGAAUUUUCAGAAUUAAACUUAUUUAUUAUAACACCAUCACUAAAUUUUGCGACGGCCUAGCAGAAUUGGAACGACGCACUUUCAUGGGACUAAGUAAAAAAAUGCGCUAUCGACGAAGUCUUUUUUCGCUUCAUAUUAUUAAAAUCAGUUUUAAAAUUCAGGCUUUUUUGGGGGAAACUUUUGGGGAAACACGGUAGAAUCAUCGCGCUUGCAUACCAAUGCAUAUUCUGAUCGCAAGAUCCGAUUCGUGUGCUUGCAUAACAACGCCGGGUUUAAUAACGAAGCUAGCGGUUCCGGAAGGCGAUUUGCUAAGUACGCCUCGAAACAUAUCACAUAUUUUAUUAUUCUAAAUGUUUUAUUUUUUCUCAUUAAUGAAAAUGAUGUGUAUAUGAAUCAAAUUCAUUUUACCGUUCUCUGGUGUUUUCUUUCUGUUACGUGGGUAUAUUGUUACGUAACAGAUACCCUGCAUGCUGCAAUUACGUAGGUCGCAGUUUAUUCAUUUCUGAACCGAGUUAUCGUACAUGAGUGAGUAUUAAGUAAUUUAAAGAUAAAACUAGGCAGAGUUAAGAAAAAAAGUUAACCUUUUGCUUUUAUUUCUUAGGCCUACAUGUUUAUAAACCUCAAAAGGCAUAAAGUACAUAUUAUCGAGGAUGACAAAAUUGUGUUUUAUUUUGCGGCAGCAUAUUUUUCGUGGAGGUGCGCCAUUAGUUUUUUCCCUGAUAGUUUGGUGCGCACAAACCGCUGCCUUAUGCUAAGUUUGAUCAAUAAGAGUGAACAAUUCCGCAUAAGGACCAGGCCCUCGGUGGCCAGACAUCGUAAUUCAUCAUUUAGGCCUACACAAACAAACAUUGCGGCACGGCUGAACUUUUAUGUCGCAAAAAGCAUUCGCACCCAAUAUAUCGAAUAACGUUAAUCUGAGUAUAUGUGUGUUUGUUUUUAUUAUUGAGUAGCCCUACUAGAAGUUAAGAAUUAGCGGUGUCAAUAAAAUAUCAAAAAUGCAUAUUUCGAACUAAUUAGCGUGAACACGGGCCGUGAAAAAUUUUAAAAUAUAUUUGGGAAGCCCUGAUUUAAAUAAUAAUAAUACAAAAAUUUCACGAUUAUUUGACAUUUGAUUAUCAUCAUGUAUAACCAUGCACAUCCAUAAUUUGUUUAUCUCCCAAGUUAUUUUGCAAGUUAAGUAUAAAGGGCAUCAUUAUCAGGAACACGCCCCGGGUAGCAGAAAAGUUUGACUCGCCCCCGAGUACAGGAUAAGUAUGAGUAUUGGAUGAUUAAUUUACUCGACAUGAUUUAAGAGAGUUUUUCUGAAAUCUUGUAUUUGUUCAGCGGAACACUUUUUAAGUCUUUUGUACAGGUCCAUGUGCAAAGAAGCUAAACGAUUCUGCUACAGCGCAAUGCAGAGUUUCGGAUUUACGUGGCCGUAGUCUUUGUCUUGUGAAAACUUUUCUGAGACAGUGAGUAUUCCUUAAAAACGUUUAUUGGUAAAUAUUUUGAAUACGGAGCAUUACAAAUAUAUAUAAAUAAAGCAAAUACCCAGGCUUGUCCAUGGGACAUUUUUUCUCUCUCAUUCCUUAUACAUCCCAUAGCAAUUAUGCCUGUCCCAUCCCAUGGGAUUCCCAUUAUAAUAAUAUUCAAUAAAAAUUGUUAAAUUUAGGUUUAGCGUCCGACUUUGUUAACUGUAUAUUUCUUACUAUGAUGCAUGUGUCCAUCAGCCCCUUCACGAAGUAUAUUUGCAAUGCUAAAUAUGUUUUGGUCUUCAUAACUAACAAGAGGGCUAUGCUCAAAUAUAUGGACACGAAAUCCAUAACGAAAUGUUUUACCAUCAUUUCCCCGAAAAUCAUACGGUUUUCGUGUCUCAUGGGAAAUACAAAUGUGUGCUGUCCCAUCCCAUUCCCAUGGACAAGCCUUCAAAUACCCAAACCUGUGAUUUCUUUUAUAAUUUGAAAUGUUUUUAUCUCGUUAUGGUCGAAUACUGUCCGUUUCAAGACUUGCAAUUAAGAAAAAUCGUAGUGAUUGGUUUUUGGUAUCAAAUUAUUUGGGAUUACACCCUCACUGGUCUUAGUAGUACGCCCUUAGUAAAUUACGUGAGCAAAUGUAUUUUAUUUUAUAUUUUCAAUAGAAAUGUAUCGAAACAAACCACAGAAAGGCGUAAGUAAAUUUUAAACAAUGUUCCAUAUCGUUUUCUCGUCAAAUGUGUUAUGUUAUAUCAUAUUUUCAAUCAUGGUUUGUGGUUGUUAUAUUAAGUUUGCUAUGUAGACAUGAAUUUUACAACCAAAUACCUAGAAUGUGAAAAACUAGAUGUUCCGAUGUGCAAAUACUUUGGCUACAAUACUACAAGGACAAUAAUUGGGAAUACGUCUUAUGAUACCUAUCGUCAAAACUUGAUAAAAUGGAUGGACAACCUCGCCAAUCACGUGUCGGUUGAGUGCAGAUACGUCCUCGAAAGAUUCAUCUGUUUGGCUUACUAUUCGCCUUGUGGAAUGGAUCAACCAUGCAGAUCAUUCUGCAAAAAAGUCACCAAAGUGUGUUCGCCUGAAGAAAUACCGACGAUGAAAUGGUUAAUACACUGUAAAGAUUUUCCUGUUGAAAGAUACGUCUUGAUGAAGUUUUCGGGAAAAAAAUGUACUAAGAGCAACGAAGUAGUAUUAUUUGAAGAUAGUCACACAAAACGACUGAUGGAAACUAAAAGACUUGCCAAAAUGGCAAAAACGGACGCCGAUUUUAUUAACAAGGUUAUAGAUAGAUUGGAAACAUAUGCCAAUCGAAUUGACGAAAACACGAACUUUGUAGAUUCGGGACCAAUUAAAGCUAUCAUAUUUGACGGAUUACGAAGCUCUAUUGCUGGUUUGAGAAGCAAUGCACAUCUGAUGUCAACAUUUCUGAAUUUGAUUGAAAAUUGAAAACUUAACAAUAUGCGUGAAACGGCAUACUUCCUAAACCAUAACUAGACCUUGACUAUAAAUUUGGUUUUAAACGAAUAAUUAAAAAGAAAUUUUUGUCACAAUUCUGAUGAAAAAAUUUGGGUACUCCUGAAGUAUGCGCACCAAGAUGUCGCACAACCUGAGCACUAACCUGGUACAUGA